UUUUCCUGGUUAUACUUAGAUGUCUCUCUCUCUGUCCUUCUCCUUCUCUCUCGCUCCGAUACGCAGACGGGAGAAGAAGCAGCAGCCAACGGCGAUGGACACUGCCGGGAAGCUGAACUCCUCCAGCUCCGAGCUGGACCUCGAUCGCCCCAACAUCGAGGACUACCUCCCCUCUGGAUCCUCCAUCAACGAGCCCCACGGCAAGCUCCGCCUGCGCGACUUGCUUGACAUUUCCCCGACGUUAACCGAGGCUGCCGGCGCCAUUGUUGAUGAUUCUUUUACACGAUGCUUCAAGUCGAAUCCUCCUGAACCAUGGAAUUGGAAUAUAUAUUUGUUCCCAUUAUGGUGUUUUGGAGUGCUAGUUCGCUACUUAAUCUUAUUCCCGGCGAGGGUUUUAGUACUGACACUUGGAUGGAUAAUAUUCCUUUCAUCUUUCAUCCCUGUGCAUUUAUUGCUUAAGGGGCAUGACACACUGCGAAAAAAAUUGGAGCGGGUGCUAGUUGAGUUAAUUUGCAGCUUCUUUGUCGCUUCAUGGACUGGGGUGGUCAAGUAUCAUGGGCCGCGCCCAAGUAUUCGACCUAAACAGGUUUAUGUUGCCAACCACACUUCCAUGAUUGAUUUCAUCAUUUUGGAACAGAUGACAGCAUUUGCUGUUAUUAUGCAAAAACAUCCUGGAUGGGUUGGACUCUUGCAAAGCACAAUAUUGGAGAGUAUGGGGUGUAUCUGGUUCAAUCGUACAGAAGUUAAAGAUCGUGAAAUUGUUGCAAAGAAGUUGAGGGAUCAUGUACAGGGUGCUGACAAUAACCCGCUUCUUAUCUUUCCUGAAGGAACUUGCGUAAAUAAUCACUACACUGUUAUGUUCAAGAAGGGUGCAUUUGAACUUGGUUGCACUGUCUGCCCAAUUGCGAUCAAGUACAAUAAAAUCUUUGUCGAUGCCUUCUGGAACAGCAGGAAGCAAUCCUUCACGAUGCAUCUCCUGCAACUUAUGACCUCCUGGGCUGUGGUUUGUGAUGUGUGGUACUUGGAGCCCCAAUUGUUGAGACCGGGGGAGACACCCAUAGAGUUUGCAGAGAGGGUCAGGGACAUCAUAUCCGUUCGAGCCGGUCUAAAGAAGGUUCCAUGGGAUGGAUAUUUGAAGUAUUCUCGCCCUAGCCCAAAGCAUAGGGAGCGGAAGCAACAGAGUUUUGCUGAGUCGGUGCUGCAGCGGCUAGAGGAGAAGUGAAGGAAAAGUUUAUCUCAAUUCCUUUCGUCGGAAGCUACUUCAGCUGUAGAGGCAUCCGUUUUGUGCAUUGUUCCAUCUCUUCGUCACCACAGAUCUCACUCAUCCUAAUCUUAUCAACUCCCUCUCAAGGCUUGAAGAAGACACUGAUGACCCCAACCUCUUCCGUCAGCUUGCUAAUUUCAUGUGAAAAAUGUUGUUACGAUGGUUCGAUUCCAAUUUUGUUUCUAUUUCAUCUUUGUAGAAAUGGUUCUGUGACAACUGAGCCUUAAUAACAGCGUGAUUGUUCUCGCAAGUUUAACCCGAUGAUUCAUCGAGGCAGUGGACGGCGGACCACCCGUCGAAUUGCGUGAUUUAGUUGA